UGUCAGUUGCCACGGCCGCCGGUUUCGAUUGGCUGUACUACCACUCGACCUAGUGACCCGACUCGCUAUAGUCCGUCUCUGGGCAGGACUGAGGUUUCGACCUGGCGUCGGCAUCUCAUCCGCCUUCACGGAAUCAUUGAAAUCGUGACCAGUCGAGCCAUUUUGGGAUUCACGAAAAAUGGGAAUUCAAUACAAAAAUUAAGGCUUCUUUCAAUGCCUCGGCAUCGUGAAUGCGUCAGUCAGUAUGCCCAGCCGGGCCGGCCAUUCCGAAAGACCGACACAGGGACACAAAGUCCAGGAUGGUUGGAGACAGAUCGAGUUAACAGCUCAGACUCAAUUGCCCUCGCCGUAGACGAGGCAUACUGCCGAGAUCAAUAUAGAACAAUUCUCUUCAUCGUCUCCUGGAGACUUGUGGGUGUGUUUUCGUGCUUUUCAGUCUUCCCUCUUUCUGGUCGUGAACUGUUGACGUGA